AUGACAUAUUUCUUGUCCUAUGUUCAUGCAUGUGAAAAUCUAACACGCCUAGUCUCUGAGAUUAAGCAAUUCCUUAUUUUGGGUGAUUUUUGCUGGUUGGAGCAAGUUACUCGUUCUGGUACAGAGGACAGAGCCUCAAGAAAACGUGAUCUCGAGCUAGUCGCUUUUCGCCUUCGAGAUGAGUUGGCCUACGACGCCAACGCGUUGGCAGAUGAACUAGCCUUUACUGAAGCGAGGCGUGGCCGUGGCCCGAUCGCUCCGAAGUAG